AUGACUUUGCAUUUUCUCCGAAAAUCGCAGCAGUCUCGGCACCCGGGAUCCACCACCUGGACGUACCUGCAAGGCGACCCAAUGCCGGCAAGCCCCGGGACCGCGGGCGGUACAGUAAAGACGGGAGAAAGGGAAAAGAAAAGAAAAACCCCACCACCCUUGAACCACUUCAACCAGGUACGAUCGGGCAAAACUGUACUCCUCGCUGAUGGCCGGAUUUACCCCGCACCCACCCGUGUCACGUCAUCUAACAGCCCGGCCGGCGCUGUACCGGCGGCCGACCUUGUCCCCAGGCUUGGCCGCAGGCUUGAGGCUGUAUGA